AUGGGCACCAACCUGGCAAUCUUCGAACGCGAUCGACUCAAGAUCCCCAUGUUCGCUCUGCUCACCUCCAGCCCCGCGCUCGUCGUCUCGCCGUCGCUCGCGGUCCAGCGCGGCUUCGCUGCCGCGGCGCCCGUCGCCCUUCCCACGGUGAACCCCAUGUCCGCCGACUCCACGCUCGCCUCCUUCUCGGAGACGCUCGCUGGCGUCGUCGCCGUGGACGGCGGCACCAUCGGCCUCGACGUCUCCUUUGGCGCCUUCCUCGCCGUCAUCCUCGGCCUGUUCAUCCCGGUCGUUUUUCUUGUGACGCUGUACAUCCAGUCAGAGGCGCAGGGCACCGCGACGUCGUUCCGCGAGGCGGACUCGCUCGGCGGCAAGCUCUUCGACGACCCCGCCGACUACUAG